CGGGGCCUCCUCGUAAAGGGGGAAGGGAAAGAAGGCGAGCGGGUGGUGGGGGGUGGUCUUGCUCCGGAGGGGGCGGAGUAGCCUGACUGCUGCGGGGCAAAGGCCAGGAAUGAAUGGCAACCAUUGAUUUACAACGGGAGGAAGUCGCAGCGUGUCCUGCAGAAACACUGAUCCUGGCCCGCUUUGACCCCAGCUAUUAAGAAUCAGCUCUGCUCCUCCUGUCAGUGCAGCUCCUGAACUCUGUUUCCAACACUUGAGCUGUGGUGAAGUUUAAGCAACGGGAUUUUAUGUGAAGAUUCCUACAGCAUUUCUUAAGGUGCUAGAAUGACAACAUGGCUACCAAAGGAAUGUAUAAACUUGACGAUGGAAACUGCUGCCCCACCAACUGCUUUCCGGCCCGGAGCCUUUUGCGGUCCAGAUACGAGGAAGGGGCUGGCCACUGGCAAGUGGCCCGCCGGACAGCGGAGAAGACCAAGAUCGAGUUGCUGUUUGGGACAAAAGCCCCCCAGGUUAGGCUGAGAAGACCAGGAACGGCAAGUGGGGCUUACAAGGUUCUGGACAACAAAACUCUCGACGGCGCACAGCUGAUUAAGCUCCACCACGUGAAAAGCCCGUCACAUUUGUGCUCCGUGGACAUCAGCAACCAAAAUUUUGUCUUGGCAAAAGAAGAAGAUUUUGAGCAGUUUGACUGCGUUGCCUAUAUCAAUGCCACAGAAAAUCUCUUGACCUUGGACGUUUUCCGUACAUUUCCUGGCCUCCGGGAACUGGAACUCUCCUUGAACGGCCUAAGGAAUAUAAAAGUCAAUGCCGGGGACUUUCCACACUUGGAAGUCUUGGAUCUCUCAUACAACAACCUUUCUCCCGAGGACGUCCGAGCCCUGGGAGUUUUGUCCCACUUAAAAGCCCUCCAUCUCACCGCCAAUGGGCUCACUUCGCUUCCCCUCGACCUGGCUGCCCCUGAGAGUGAGAGCACUCCGUGGUUCCCGGCUCUGGAAGUCUUGCUCUUGGACGACAACCGCCUCUCCCACGCCAACGUCUUUGUCAGCCUCGCCAACCUCCGCAGCCUGAAGCAGUUAAACUUGGACAGAAACGGAAUCCGAGAGGUGCCGUAUCUCCACCAUUUGGACAGCGGCCGAUUCUCCAUCCAUCCUUUAUCUGCCAAGUCGGGCAUCCGGGAAGGACUGCGCAGCCGCAAGAGUGCUGGGAAACAGAUCCGCCAGGAUAAGUCCCCGGCUGGUGGUGGGCAGCCAGAGUACAUUGUCGUCCAAAACAGCAAGGACCCAGACAGGACUGAAGUUAUCUUUCCAUCCUGGUCUCCAGACCUACCAACACAGGACAGUUCUCCUUCACCGCAGAUUGCUUCCAAGGCCUCCUGUGCCAGUUUCAACCCCGAGUUCACUCUUCCCCUACCAGAGCUGAGGUUUCUCAGCCUGGCCAACAACCAGAUCGAACACGAGGAAGAUUUGUUAGCCGUGGCUCUAUUCCCAUCGCUGACCGAGCUGACGUUCCACGGCAACCCUUUCAUCACAUCGCGCAGCGGUGACCCACCUUUACUCACCAGUUUCCUUCAGAACAAGCUGGGGAUUAAAAUGGUUCGGAAGAAAAUUUCGAAACUAGAAAAGCCACGUCUCUUUAUACCCAACAAGCCUAGCCGGAAGAUCAAAUCACAGCUGCCCAAGGUCCAAAAGAAGCCUCGGAUGCUAGACCACCACCUGGAGACCACCUUCUGGCAGCUGUGGACAGGCGCUGACCUGGAUCCCAAUAAAAGAGUGAGUCUGGACGAGCCUCUUCCACCCAUCAAGAGAUUUUCAUUAGCAUAUGAAACCGAAAACCCCGUCUUGCCUCUUAAGGAGGAGGAAAUAUCUGCACCCUCUUCUUUGGAGUGUUGUGUUUCUGCUGCCUCAGCAGACCAGCUGGAAGACGUUCCUCAAGGUCAGUCUUCGCUAGCUGACUUAGUGUUUGGAAAUGUUGCUUCCACCCAGCCUCCUGUGGAGCAGCCCCCGCCUGAACCUCUCCCACCAGAAGAGAAUCUGCCUGAACCCAGCCCUCUGAUCACGGCACCUUCAAAAGGGCAAGACCUGCCCAGGAGGCCUCAGUUCAUCUCAUUGUCUUUGCCGGGGCAGGGCCACGGUGCUCCUGUCCCUCCUCCCAACUCACCUUUGCCUUUUCAAGAGCAGGAUCUCUCCGAAGGUCCUCCGGCAGAACCAGAUCAGCUGAGGCCGUUUCCACCCCGUAGCUCGCUUUUGCCAGGACAAACUAGAUCAGAACCUCUUCUACCAGCUCAUUCUCCCGCAGGGGAGCAGGCCGUGUUCAGGUCUCCGGCCAGGUCCCUAUCGGUGGGACAGGGCUUUCCUGAGGCCUCCCCACCAGCUGGACCACCAGCAGUGGAGGGGGAUCACCCGGAACCCAUCCCACCAGCCAGCUCAGCUCCCCAAGGACCAGAUUUGCCAGAACUUGCCUCAGCUACUAGAUCAACCUCAGCAGGUCCAUCAAGGACUCUCCUGCCAACCACUUCUCCUGCAGAAGGGCAAGGUCAGGUGGAGCCAGCUCAGGACCUGGCAGAACCCGUCUCUCCAUCAAUGCCCUGCUUGGAGGAACCAGCUCCCUCUGAGCCUGUUCCACCACCUGGAUCUCCUCCAGCAGAACAAGAUCACCUGGAACCUGCUCCAUUGCCCACUUCGCCUGCACAAGAGCAGAUUCUGCCAGUGCCCGUUCCACCACCUGGAUCCCCUCCAGCAGAACAAGAUCACCUGGAACCUGCUCCAUUGCCCACUUCGCCUGCACAAGAGCAGAUUCUGCCAGUGCCCGUUCCACCACCUGGAUCCCCUCCAGCAGAACAAGAUCACCUGGAACCUGCUCCAUUGCCCACUUCACCUGCACAAGAGCAGAUUCCGCCAGAGCCUGUUCCACCACCUGGAUCCCCUCCAGGGGAGCAGGACUUGGACCAGUCAAGCUCUCCUUCAGCUGAACAGAAUCUUUCUUGGACUUCGCAACCAAUCGGAUCCCCUCCAGGAGGGCAGGAUCAGCUGGAACCCGUACCACCUGCCACCUCAGCAGUCCAAGAACCUGACCAAUUGGGUUCCGAGACCCAAGAUGGAUCAGAGGAAGAGCUUUCAGGAUCUCGACCAGCCAGCUUAACCUCUGUGGAAUGUGGCCUGUCUCAGUCGUCUUCCAGGGAGCUUUACAUGCUCUUUGCCCGAGUCCACUCGAGCACCAAGCCUAUUAGAACAUGUGAUAGUGAGGGCGAGAUGUUGAGCGGCAGCGGGGAGUUCGUGGAGGCAGAGGAAACAGAAUCCAUUUUCAUGACGCAGGUGGACGAGGAGCCUGGUUCCUCGCUGAAGCCCGAAAGGGCGGAAUCCCCACCUAAGAGGGCAGGCAAAGGAAAGAGAAAAGCCGAGCCAGUCCCUGAAAAAUACAAGGGUUACGAAGAGCUGCUCGGCGGAGACCCUGGCGUGGAUUUCAUUGACCCAGUGGGAAUACAGCACAAUGUCCAAGCCCUGGAGAAGGCACUCCGGUAUCCCCUUGUGUACCGCGAAUCAAAGGCAAGGCUGGACAGCUACCAGAAGCCUUAUGUGCCUGCAGAGAAGAAGGCCUUGAGUGUCCGUCCGCCACCAGCUGAAAAGACCCGGUUGCAGAAGCUGGAAGAAAUCCUCCUGAAGAUGCGCAAACCCACAAAUAUCAUACAGAUGCCACUAGUGUGCAUCCUGCGGAGGAAGAAAGAAAACUGGCGCGAGUACCGGCAGGCCCUGGCCAUGCUGAAGGAGUUCCGGCAGGAGUAUAAAGCUGCAGUGGCCAGCUGCAACAAGCAGGUUGAGUCCAAACCCAUCAGUAAGAAGGGUACCAGUGCAGAGGAGAUGAGCCAAAGCUUGAUGCUCGAGGCUCUCCCUGAGGCCGAGGUGGGUGGGCAGCCGCUUGAAGAAUCCUCGGUCCCUACAGAGGAGAAAGGACUUUCUCCAUCCAAUACGAAGAAAACUCAAUUUAAACUGGACUGCUGAAGAACCUUUUCUUUUACAAGACAGAGAGCUAUUUGCUGUAGUCUCCGAAGAGUCCUUUUGUCCUGGGAGACCAUAGUGGUGUAACUAGCUACCAUAGGAACAGAGGUUACCUACAGUACUUCCAAAACCCUCUGCGAAGGUUUGACCCACUCAGGGUUACAGACUACGUACGAGUAGUUUAGGCUCCACUUCAGUGCAGACGUUCAGAAGCGCAGCAGAAAACUGACGGAAACAACUAGGCGCACUCCGAAAGGCUGUUUCAGGAUGCAGUUCCCAUCUAAAUCAUGUGCCUUGAACCUGGGCAGACGCCACAAAAAGCAGUGAAAUAAAUGUGUCAGUGGUGGGCCUCCGGUUGUAUCAAAUGACUACGGCCUAAGUCCCCCUUUUACAAUUGUUCAGGUGGAAGAAUCUGUUGGGAGAGGGAAACCUUCCAUAGAAGAAGUAAAGACAGCCUUCCAUAGAAGCAAUGACUGGCACAGAAAGGCUUCGUCACACUUCCAGUGCCUUAUUGUAAGACCCCAAUUGCCCAUGUAGUUUGCUAGACAUUUCCACACUUCCCUUCUGCUUGCCCCAAACCAGGGGAGGAGGAAAAAGGGUAUGUUGUUCCUUGCACACUUCGUUUGCUUUGCAGGUUUAAAUUGCCCCUGACACCUCAUGACCGCUAGCCCCGACUCUUUCCUUUCCCCUUAGGCUGUGGCUCUAGAAAAAAAAAGU